AUGGAGCAGCAAAUUAAGAAGGACCAAGAAUUAUCACAAGAAAGUGAAGAUAUUGCAUUUUUAGAUGUUUAUAUUAGAUUUAAUGAAGAUAAUGAAAAAGAUUAUUGUUUUCAAAUAAAUACUAAAACUACUUUUAAAGACUUAUAUAAAAUUUUCAAUACCUUACCAAUUUCAUUAAGACCAAGUAUAUUUUAUGAAUCUAAACCAAUUGGUUUUAAAAAAUCGACUUCACCUGGUUAUUUAACUGAAGAUGGAAAUUUUUUAUUCGAUGAAGAAGCCACCAAAAUAACUUCAUCAAUUAUACCACAAGAAGAACUUAUAAAUAAUCAUGUUUGGCCAGGUCAAUUGAUUUUACCAGUUUGGGAAUUUAAUUAUUUUAGUUAUUAUUCUGUAAUUUCUUUAUUGUUAGUUUGGUUAUAUACUGAUUUACCUGAUUUUAUAAGUCCUACUCCUGGAAUAUGUUUAACUAAUCAAUUUACUAAAGGAUUGGCUUCUAUUGCAACUAGUUUUGGAUACCCAAAUCUUUCAGAUAUUUUAUUAAAAGAUUUAAAUGAUGAAGUUAGUAUUCCAUUACAAUGUAUAUUUUUCGCAUUUCAUUUAAUUAAAUGUUUUUUCAUAUUUGGAUUUUUAUAUACUGGUGUUUUUAAUCCAAUUAAAAUUUGGAGAUUUGGUUCAAGUGUUAAAUUAGAUGUUUCAAAAGAUGAAUUAAUUAAAUUAGGUUGGACUGGAACUAAAAAAGCAACUAUUGAUGAAUAUAAAGAUUAUUAUAGAGAUUAUAAAAUUCAACAACAUGGUGGAAUGAUACCUGCACAUCAAGCUGGUUUAUUUAAAACUAUAAGACAUUUAGGUAUUGAAUUAAAACAAGGUGAAGGUUAUAAUACAGAAUUAACUAAAUCUACAAUGUUAACAACAAUGAAUGAUUUAAUUGAAGAAAGUGAAAAAAAUCCAGAAACUUUUAAAUUAAAAUUAAAUUAUGAAUGGUUUGCAGAAUUAGGUUUAGUUUUUGCACAAUUAUCUGAAAAUAAAGAAGGUAAAGAGUUACUGGAUUUAAUUAAACAAUUUAGAAGAUAUGGAUUAUUAACAACUACUUCAAAAAUUACAAAAAUUAUAAAAGAAAGAAAAGAAAGAGAUAUUGAUUUAUCUUUAGAUCCUCCUGAAAAAGUUAAUGAAUUAACUGAAUUAUUAAAAGAAAAUCCAGAAGAUAAAGAACCAAUUGUUGCUGAUGUAAGUGUUGAUGAAAAAAUUGAGGAAGUUAAAGAAUAA